CCAAAGAAUCGCCCAAAUCAGGCCAACCGUUGAAGCCCUUGCGUAGGCCCGUCUUCUCUCUCGUUGUUCCUCUCUUCUCCCAUCUCUGAGAGAAGUGGAGGAUCACGACGACGAAGAAGAAGAAGAGAAAGCCCCUUUCCCCUUCAACGAUCCAAUCCUUCCUCUCUCUUUGGGAGCCCUAUUGCAUGGUUCUUCCCUCCCUCUCCAUGGCUCUGAUUCGAUUCCCAAAGUGAUUAAUGAUGAUGGCGUCCGCAAUCUUCCAAGGGGAUCGACAUUCCCUCGUUUGACGAAGAAUUCGACACUUUGGGGCCCAUUCCCUUGGACCCAUUUCGUUGGUUCUUCGCGAGACCAGAAGAAGAAGAAGAAAAACUCGUAUCGCAAAACCUCGUUAAUUCCCUAACCCUAGUUUCGCCGAUUCGAGGGAUCUGGGACGAAGCACAUACAGAUGCGAAUGUUUGUCAAUUCGCUCGCAACUGUUGUUGUUCAAUGGGAUCGCCAUCUUUGAUCUUCGUUUUCGUGAGUUUGGGAGUCUUCUUCAGCCCUGUCGCGCCGGUAGUCCAAUCUGAGAAGCAAAAUCAAUCUCCGCCUCCGCCGCCCGCCUCUCUGCCGCCUCCUCCCUCCGGAUCGCCACCUCCUCCGCCCUCUUCGUCGCCGCCUCCUCCUCCAUGGUCGCCUCCGCCUCCUCCUCCACCUCCACCUCCAUCUCCAUCUCCAUCUCCACCCCCGCCAUCGCCUCCUCCGCCACCGCCUUCACCUCCGCCGCCUUCUCCCCUCGAAGCGCCACCGUCACCGAGGAAACGCCAUCAUCCGGCGGCAACGAUACCACCCCCUCCGUUAAAUCGCAACCGUGGAAAUGGAAGCCCGUCCUCUAAACAGAAGCUCAAUUUGGGGAAGAAAAUCGGACUGUUGUUUUUGGGCAUUGUGGUGAUAAUGCAGAUUGGCGUGGCGGCGUUCCUCGUAAUCAAGAAACGGCAAUUGAUGAAGGAUGUUCAUGGAUAUUGAAAGAAACCACAAUAGAUUUGAAUGCUGAUGAUCUUCCAUUCACAUUGCUUAUCUUGCUUUCUCAAAGGAUAUUGCAUUGAGAUGAGGACUUGAGGUAGGGUUCCAUUCAAUAGAGAUUCUUCUUCCAGAGAUACAGAUUAUGAAUCCAAAUGCGGAAUUGAUGGAAUAUACUGAGGAUUGUCUCUAUUGGGGGGUUGUAUCUGUGUAAAUGGGUAAUUCUUGAUUGGCAUUUUUUUUCUCCCUUUUCCUUCAACUAUUCAAUUUGUUUAUUGUUCUAUUAACUUUACUUGUCUUGCUUUGUCCAUCGGGCUUAUAAGUCGAAAGCAGAAGAGACUCUUGAUUGAAAACUGCACUGUGGUGCUAUUGACUACUUUGCUCUUCUUUUGGCUAA